AUUUUGAUCUCAGCACAUGGCCACGAUUAACAAAAUUUAUGCAGGAUUUCAAAAUACAGUAUCCCCGAGAAGUUUGGUUACAGAAUAUCCGUGAAAUAUUAGAUACUACAAAUAAAAAUAUCAAAACCAACUUACGGAUAUUCGAACCUGACAGGAAUGAUUACAUGGAUUACAUGAUGGAUCGUUUUCUCGUAAUUUGGCAAGCAGGGGAAAAUGAUGAGUUUAUUACAACUAGUAACGGAUUUGGAAUCUACGACGGUGUGAAUGGACUCUUACCAUUUUCUAAGGGUCAUUAUGCCUACCGAUAUUAUUACGUUAUUUCUCCAAAGCUAGUGUUGGUACUUUGCACUACUCUUUUACGAGAAGAACUUAGAAAAUAUGUUAAAAUGAAUUUUUUUAAAGAUGUUCCUCAUCCAGGAAUACCGAAAUGUGUUAAAAUAAAUGACGAAUAUAAUCACAACAAUAAUAGAGAUCCACCUACAUUCAUUGAUGCAUUUCUAAGCUCCAUAGGUUUAAAAAUAGAAAAGUGA